CUGCUGCCAAAAUUUUCAAUUUGAAAAAUUCUAAAUAAAAAUUUUUUGCAAAUUCCACUUUUCUUUUCCUCUUAAAUUCUUUGUAAAAUAUGUUAAAAUCUUGCAAGAUAAAUUCGAUUUAUUAAUUGAAACAUAGUGAAAAGUGUGGAGAUCGAAGAUACAAAAGCAAUUAUAAAAUAUUGGGAGAAAAACCGUCGCGUUUGUGUUCAUAUUUUUUUUACACCACCACCACCCUCCCACCCGCUACAACAACAGCAGCAGAAGCUCACCUUUGUCACAAGCUACAGUCGCUGUCACCGUUUCCGGACAGUGUAAACGAGACCAAUUGCAGCAUUUAAUUUUAUUCAUACGCACGGUGAAUUCAAACGAGCAAUUGAUUUUCCUCAAACGUUGAGGAAAAAUUGCUGGAAUUUUCAACGCAUUCGAUUAGUGGUGUAGUGCAUAUUACAAAACGGCUAUAACAAGGAUAUUGUAAAAUGAGCGAAGAGGAGAACGAUAAAGUCACUUUAGAUCUUUCGCGUAAGCAACUGAAGAAAGUGCCAAAACAAGAGGAUGCACAAAAUGUACGUGUACUGAAACUAGAUGAAAAUGAAUUGCAAAAAAUUGACAACAUAGAUUCUUACCUAAAAAUAGAAGUUCUUUCUCUAAGCAAAAACCAACUGCUACGUAUGUACGGCGUUUGUCGGCUACAUUGUCUGCGCGAACUAAAUCUCUCCUUCAAUGGUAUUCUCUCCAUUGAGGGAUUAAAAGAUUGCAUACAUUUACGUCAUUUAAAUUUGGAAGGCAACAACAUAAAAACAAUCGAACACUUAAAUAACAACAUUAAAUUAGAGUAUUUAAAUUUGGCUGAGAAUAGCAUUGGGAGUAUAUCGGAUAUAUCGUUUUUGAAAAACUUGAAGGAGUUAUAUCUACACGGCAACCGCUUAACUCAUCUUCGUCAAUGUGAUAAAUAUUUGCCCGUUUCUUUGGAAGUUUUAUCUUUGGCAAAGAACAGUAUAAGUGAUUUAAAUGAGAUUUGCACGCUAGCGAAUUUGUCUAAUUUGCAUAGUCUUACGCUUAGUGAAAAUCCAUGCAUAUUGAUGACUGGAAAUACAGAUGGUUUCGAUCAUCGCCCUUUCGUUUUAAACUGGUGCAUGAGCUUAAAAGUGAUUGAUGGCUUUGCUGUCGAUCCCAUUGAGAGCCUUAAAGCAGAAUGGCUUUAUAGUCAAGGACGCGGACGACAAUUUCGUAUUGGAGAACAAGCGACACUAGGUAAAUACUUGAGUUCUGUUUGCCCACUCAUUGGUAAAGCGCUGGAAAAUGAGAACGAACGUAAGCUGCGUUUAAUAUUGAGCAAAGCCCAACAGCAUCAACGUCAACUGCAGGAAGAAAUUUCAGAGAACUCAAAUCCAUCAAGUAAUAAUUCACCCUCAACGGGGCGACGAAAGACCAGUAGUCGCAUACAAUCACCGAGAUUUUCGCGUUUAAGUGGCCGCCAAGGCUCACCAGACUCAAUGGUGAAUAGUUAUCACGGCAAUACCUCGAGCGAAACGGUUUCGAAUAAUGCGAAUCACACUGCGCCGAUGACUACUUCUUUAAUAGAGAAUAUCAAGCAUGAUUCGCUAUUAAUGUCACAAAGUCUUGAUGGUUCGUCAACUGGCAGCGCUAGUACCACUAUAAAUACACGUACGAAUAAUUCGCAGGAAUCAACACCUCGCACGAUAACGCCAAAUCCUUAUAAUGAUCAAAACUAUGCAAAUGUGCCCGUCAAUGUUGGUGGUCCUUUGACCGCGGCCUCAAAAAUGGUACCCGUACCAGAGGCGCUCAUGAGUCCAGACGUUUGUCCCGCCGUUGUGGCCCAACGUGUCACAGUUAAUGCAAUCAAUACGCAAAUGCAAAAUUCUAAAACCCAUAAAAACAAAGAUAACAAACUCAAUUCACCGAAGAUUCGUAGUCCACACUUGAAACGCAAUACGGAACGCUACAGUCCCCAUAUGAGUCCAAGACGUGGUAGCGGCUCUUCAAAUAAUACGCAACAACAUAACCAUGCAUCGAAUCUGAAUCGUGUGGUGGCGGCGCAUGCGCACGCGCAAGUAGAUAAUCACAUGAAGUCACGUUUAACGGGCAACUCGAUGCAUGUUGUUGCGCCGGACACCGGCUCGGGUGGCAUUAGUUCAGACGAUGAUAGUGAUCACAUAAAUAUUGAUAAAUUGAAAACAAUACGCAAUAAGGCGGCGCAACGUACACAACAACAACAAAAAGAGGCUAUGGUGAGUGCGAACGUUCAACUUUCACAAAACCACGCUACGGAAUCAUCCGCCGUGGUCAUACAAAAGAUCUGGCGCGGCUAUCGCACACGCAAGAAAACCAAGGACAUUGCCGAAAAGCUACUCAAGAUACGCACACAUGAGUAUAUUGAUAAGCUUACAAAAGAUAUGGAACUCACUAAGGCGCAACUUGAGAAUGAACGUAAAAUACAACAACUGCAAAUGCAGGCCAUCAAUGCGUUGUGGAAGAAGGUCUCUACCAUGCAAGGUGGCGCUGGAACAGCUAGUAAUGCCGCUGCGGGCUUAGGUGAUGGUGCAACCACCGCAUCAAGUAUUGAGGGCAGCAAUACGACCGCGGCGGCGGAAAGCGGUCGCGUAACUGGCUUGGAUAACAGCUCUACUGCGGCUGUACAUGAUUUGGCCAAGACGUGCACAAUGCUGACCAGUCAGGUCCAACAGCUACAGGGCUCCAUGCGUGACAUACUUAACUGCCUCACCUUAUUCUGUAAUUUGCCGCAGGAGAAUGUGAAGAAAUUGUUGUCAGCCGGCGUGGCCGAUGCUCUUUCCGCCAACGAAAAACGCGAUAGCGCUGCAACGCAAACUGAAAUCAUUGCUGUGCAUACGCCGCAAAUUGAGAAUCAAAGUAAUUUUCCAUUCUCUAAGACAAGGCCAUCAUCGUUGCCCUUGGACAGACAGAAAUUUAGUGGUGCAAGUCAAAAUCAACAACAUUCCGUUGCAGUGGGUUGUGGUGCAGGACAACAAAAACAGCAUCAAAAUGUGCAUCACGAACAAAUAAUGGAAGAUUGCGAGUCCGAGGAGAAAUUUAACGAGAGUGGUAUACAAAGCGAAGAUGUACGCAGUGCGGAGGAGGCUUGCACUGAAAAAUCGGAUGAUGGCAAGGAAUAAAAUACUGUACUCGUUAUAAGUAAAUUUGAAUGUACGAAAUAAGUUCAAGCCUGUCUUUGGGCAAAUUUGUGCUUGUAUGCAUUUUGGCAUAGCUUUCGUCGCCCACUUUUCACGCAUGUGUUACGUUGGUGACGUAGAAUGCGCUCGCCUUAAUGAGAUCUCAUUAAUAGAUGUUUCUUUUUUCUAUUUAAUCUAUUUUUAAGUGCUAUGCUU